UAAAGACUACGCCAUAAUAAAAUUCUGUACGCCAUAAUUUCUACUAUUCACCGAAUAUCAUACCCAUUUACGCCUCUAUUUCUUGAAGGCUGACAAAGAUUGUCAUAGUGGUAUUAUCAAUUGGCGCUGUAUAGUGAAGCACAGCAUCUAUUUGUAUACAGUGCGUGCUUCACUGCACUACUAUGGGCUGUGGUUCUUCCAAAUCACUAGACGUACCAUCGGGCCCUUCGGACUACAAAUACAUGGUACAGAAAACCUGGGAUCGUGUGAAAGGAACAGUCGACAGCAACAUGAACGGUGACAUGAGAAAACUGGUGGUCCGACGGUCAGGAUGGAAAACGGUCAGAAUAUUUGUAUCAUCCACCUUCAAGGAUUUUCAUGCAGAGCGAGAGGUUUUGGUGAAAGAGGUGUUCCCUGAUCUGAGGACUUGGUGUGAAAAGAGACGGAUUCAUUUGGUGGACUGUGAUUUAAGAUGGGGUGUUCCAAAAGAUACAACAUCCGAGGAAACACUGAGGACAUGCCUUGGAGAGAUAGACAGAUGCUACCAAGAUAACAUCAUGCCAUUCUUCCUCAAUCUCACAAGUGAGCGUUGUGGCUGGAUUCCCACAGCUCAUGAUGUACCAGAGGCAUUGUCAAGAGAAUACCGUUGGGUCCAUGGUCUUUCAGUCACAGAGAUGGAGAUCCUCCAUGGAGCGUACAGGAUAGAUAAUCCAAAUUCUUUCUUCAUGAUUAGGGACCAAAGUUUCUUGCAGACACUACCGUCUGAAUUCAAAGAUGAGUUUGUUGACCCUAACCCUAUCGCCCCUCAUAAGAUGGAGGUUCUGAAACAAAUGCUGAGGGAAAGGCUGGGAUCACGUGUGCACUGGUACAAUGUGGAGUAUUCUGGGGUUGAUGAUGAUGGAAAGGUAGAACUUAAUGGUCUCCAAGAGAACUUUUCCAAGCUUGUUUAUGACUUUUUCCUGAAAAGAAUUGAAGAGCAGUACCCGCUUCUGGAGACCAAUCUUGACCCUUACCAAGCAGUCAAAGAGGCUCAUGAAUCAUUCCUGAAGAGUCGCGGAGGCUCAGUGCUGGGUAGGAACGAGAUCCUUGAACAGAUCCAGACCUACGUGACGAGUAGCGGAGACAACAGGGCUCUGGUGAUGAGCGGAGGUGCAGGCUCCGGCAAGUCCUCCAUCAUGGCACGGACAGCGGACGUAGCGCAGACAAUGGCCUUGAACAAACGCAUCCCAGGUGGAGGUGAAACGGGUUGGCAUGUCUUCUACCAUUUUGUAGGAGCUAUCCCAGGAUCGACUUCCCUGGAACUGUGCCUCAAACGGCUUCUCAAGGAGCUCAAAGCUUUCAAUGAAGCCACCAUGCCCAAGAAUCUAGAGGCCUGCUGUCAGCUAGCCUGCGGAGUUCUGUCAAACCCCAAGACACAACCACUCAUCGUUAUCAUCGAUGCUCUCAAUCAGUUUGAUGAUGACAAGACCACAUCUGUCCUGAGUUGGCUACCUAGAAAGCUAGCCCCUCAGGUUAGGGUCAUCUUAGCCAUGAUUAACGAUACCCCGCCACAUAAGGAACUCCACGAGAGGGCCAUCAAGCCACAGGAGAUCAUUGUCACACCCCUAGACAUGUCUGCAAGACAGCAAAUUGUCACAGACAUGUUGGGUAAAUACAACAAGAAGCUAGGAGAGGAUCAGAUGGCCAGCCUUCUGUCUAAGGAAUCUUCCCAGAAUCCUUUGUGGCUGUCAGUAGCCUGUGAAGAGCUCAGGGUGUUUGGUCUGUUUGCCAAAGUGACGGACAAGAUCAACAGUUUGGCAGAUGGCCUGUUAGAGUUACUAGAGCAGGUGUUUACUCGCUUUGAGGAGGAGAAUGGAGGCAUGCUCCUCGUCGCUACCCUCUGCCUCCUGGAAUGCUCCGCUACGGGUCUCCUGGAGACAGAGCUCCUUCUAAUCCUUGGAGAUGAAGAUAAUCUCAUGCCUGCAGAUAAGGAUGAGGACAAUAACAAAGAUCGUGGAGAGAAAGAGAAGGCCAACAAAGAUGCUUCUCCGCUCCCCGCAGCCAAGUGGGCCGUGGUAUACAGAGCACUGAAACCGUUCAUCAGGCCGUUCGGUGAUAGCGGAGAAGGCAGGCUGGAUUUUUACCACAGAGCACUCAGCAAGGCAGUCAGAAAGAAGUACUUUGACAACACAACAGCCGCACGAGUAUACGACAGGACAUGGUGGCACAAAAGACUUGCAGACUUCUUCACUGAUGUUAAAUCGGUCGAAAGGAAGGUCGAGGAACUUCCCAUUCAUCUGCUGGCCAUCCAGGACAAGAACAGGCUGCAGAAGUUCUUGACUGACUGGGAGGUCUUUGACAAUCUCUACAAUGAAGACUACAGCACAGUACUUCUCAAGUACUGGAGAGAGGGCUUUGGUGCAGAGUGGCAGGAUAAAAUGCUUGAGAAGUACAAAGAAUCAAUGCAGAAGUUUGCUGAUGAGCAUGAUUCAAGGGAAGACAUUGCCAGAAGAUACGAACAUGUUUCCAGGGUCAUCAACCAGUCCGGUAAGCACAUGCAAGCCUUAACGCUGCUUGAGAAGGCAAUGGAGAUAGAACUAUCAGAGCUAGGAGCAAGACCUGAGCGCAUGGUGGAGCUUUAUCAUCUAGCAUGUACAGUAUAUGAUGAGAAACUGAAGCUAUAUGAGUAUGUUGAUCCCGCCCAGCUAACGGAACUCAGACCGGCUAUUAACUUUGCUCGCAAGUCAAUCGCCAUCAGAGAGACAUUAGAAGGAGAGGUCCACAAGUACAAGCAUGGUCGAACCUUGAUCCAGCUGGCGUUCAACCUUCAAGCGUGGAUGGAGUGUGGUGGAGACAAUGCCCUGAGCCCGGUUGAAGCCAUCGCAGAGGCAAAGGUCAACGUUGCAAAGGCCAUAGACAUCUUCAAAGAGCUUGGUUCUGAUGGUCAUCUUGCGGAUGCGACAAUGACCAAAGGUGUCCUCGAAGAGAGAGGGUGUCAAGAGCAAGUUGAUUUGUACAUGGAGGCUUUAGACCUUUGUCUUCAGGCUUAUGGUGAGUUCUGCGUUCUAACCAGUCGACUCUAUCUCAAUAUUGGCAUCAUGUAUGAAGAUAGACGGAGCUAUCGGGAGGCCUAUCACUGGUUUAUCAAGUGGCAAGAUGUCUGUGAAGAGGUAUUUGGAUACCACCACCCGCGGACUCAGCGAUGUCGGAACUGCCUGAAGGAACCCAGGUAUGUCUACGUAGCAAGACAGGUCGAAGCAGAAGAAGCCAAGAACCGAAGAAACGCAGAAAACGGUAACGAAGCCGCUGAAGACCGUGGACUCAUUAUUGGAGAUAAUGAUUCAGAGUAUUCAGAUUCAAGUGAUGGAGAUUACUAAUGAUAUAUUCAAGUACUCAAAGAGAAUUUCCUUGUGUGUGGCAUCCACUUGGUCAUCCAGGUUUUAAACGGGAUCCGUUCCCGACUCAGGGAGCGGCUGGACUCGCACCCACAGCGAUCACCCUCACCCCUUCCCUCCAUCUUACUCCGUUCGGUGCAUCCUCCUCCCUCAACCCAACCCUCCUCCACCACUUGCUUCUUCCAUGUCUUCUUUGGUCGCCCACUUCCCUGUCUACGGAAUGUCUUUGGUAAUUGCGUAGACUAGACAAAUUUGAAGUGACCACUGAAUUCUGCCAUUCCCAUGGGCACUGUUCAAACAGGACCCAUAUCAGCAAAUACAAAAGAAAGAUCCCUGUCUGUUUCGCAGGAAUCCUGCAAACUGCUUUUCAAUACCCAUUUUCAAACUUCAUCAUUGACAUAAUGAUGGGAAAUGCAAUAAAGUAGCUAUGAAAAGAUGCAAAGUGCCUUUUUAUGUGGGAUUCCUGCCAAAAUGCACGCCACAGACUUUUGAAAAGUAACCUACCCAUGAGGUUAACACUAUACCUUACCCAGACAAAGAGUAAGACCCCACUUGUAAUUCUCUUUAUUUAUAUUUGAAGGAAUAAAGCAUUGUGCAAUUGUUGCCCUCCGUUCGUCUGGGGAGCUUUUCAUUAAAAAAAAUAAUCAGUGAUUUUUCCUGGCUGUUAUAAGCUACUGAAAUUCUCAGAUCUGAUUGGCCCAGAAAAUAUACUGGAAAAGAAAUACAAGAUACAGCUUCAUUAGUA